UCAGGGAUCUGGCCCCACUGACUCCAGCAGCGUAAUGACCCAUUGACACUACCCGGGGAGCCAGCCAAUGGUACGUCGGCAUUUCUAGCCCCGCUGCGAUAACCUUAUUGACGUGCUGUGGACGGUUUCCCUCUCCUCACCUGUCCUUUCCUGGCACACGGGGGAUUGGCUGUGUCCCGGCGGGGGCAGGAGCAGCGGGGCUAUAAACGCAGCCCUGCGUCCAGGCAGAACUCAGCAGCCAGACCAACCCUUCGCAGACAGAGCAGUGAGCCGGGCAGCGGAGACAGGACGAAACCAGGCAGAAAAACACCACGAUGAGGCUUCAGAUCACCUGCUUGAUUCUCACCCUCAUCCUCUUCUCCGCCCAGAAUGCCUGCGGCUUCCAGGGCCAGACAGCCGAGCCUGCUGCUGUAACACAACACGUGGAACCCAGGGAAGAAACCCAGGGCCUGCAGCCGCACCUGACCCGGAUGGACGCACCUGGACAGACCCCAGCAGCGCUAGGGGGCGCUGGGGCCUCCCACCUCAAGCACCUCGCCCGGCCGGGCCUGCUCC